UCGUCAGGACACGAUGACACGCUAUCAACCUCGCCACACGUUUGUCAUUGUAGCCGCUUGACAGCUUUGGGGUUGAGGUCUAUCUGAUCCAGGAACCAUUUCGUGACAGCUUGUAGAAUUACCUACAAUGUAAUUUCAAUAAUGAUUGCUAGUGCACUUUGCAAAUAUUUCAAGAAUAUUCCAAAAGCUCGAAGGGCGUAUGCACCAGUGAGGAUGGGGAGCUGACUGAACUUCACCACUAUCGAUAUGAUUCAUAGUGUACUCAGGGCACAUGUGACCAACCUUUGAACUCAGCUUUAUCGAGAAAGUUAUUUUUUUCUCAACGCAAUGCCGCUAUACAAACAGGUAGUGUUUGGUGGGAAGCAGCCCACGUCUUUUCCCGUCGUUGUUUCCGUGUAACAGGUCAGAAAAGAUGGCACAGAGCACUGACAGAUUAGACAGUAUAAGGGACUGUAGCAUUUGCUUUGAACGCUUUGACACGUCAGAGAGAGUUCCUCGCAUCAUUCAUGAUACAAGUUCCAAGAAACACAUCGCUUGCACAGCCUGUUUAAAACAGAUGUUUCAAACAAAGAAGCGUCUCGACUGUCCAGUAUGCAGGAAGACCAUUGAUGUGGACGGAUCUAUUGACAACCUGCCAGUCUAUGAAGAUGACGUCACUCACUUAAAGCAAGUUGUCAGCUCUGCACUGAAAGAUGCAUGUUCAUCUUGCGGGGAUCCAGCCAUUUCAAGAUGUGAAAACUGUCUUGUGUACUUGUGCGAAGAUUGUCAGAAGGCACACAAGAAAAAUAGGAGUUUUAAAAAUCACAACGUGCGUGCGCUGUCGUCCCUCACAGAAGAGGAAAGGUCAAACUUUGAUGAGAUUAUACUAUGCCCUGAGCCAGAUCAUGGAUUAGCCUUGGAUAUGUAUUGCAAAAAGUGUGAAAUACCUUGUUGCCUGAAAUGUGAGGAACACCAUGGUCAUGGGUAUAUCAAGCUCCGCGAGGUAGUGGAGUUGAAGGGGAGAGCUGUCAAAGAACAUGGAACACGCGCCCUGGAGAAGAGAACACAAAUCCGCAGUGACAUUGAUGUUUUGAACGGAAGAAAGGGGUCGGUGUUUCAACGUCAGAAGCAGUCCCAAGAUGACAUUGGAGGUUCAGUCUCCAGCAUCAUAUCAAAGGUAAAGCUGCACGAGAAGCAACUGCUGGGACGAAUAGUUACUGGAAAUAAGCAGCUGUUAGAAUGGUUUGACGUUGAAAUAAGGAAACGUUCGGGUGUGUUAGAAAUAAUGGACACAGUUGAGCGUUACUUCAAUGAAAAGAGACAGAUUGGGGACACAAAGAAACUGGAGCUUUACCAAAGCAUUGAGAGGGGCCUCCAAGCGUUGGACGAAAUAUCUCCAGAAGUGAGAGCUGUCUAUAAAGAAGAAGGAUGCUCCUUUGUACCAUACACAGAGCGGAUUCAAGACUUUGAUAACUUUGAAAUUGGUCGCAUCAAUAUCCCGCACAUCUUAGAUGACGACCAACUGUCUAACAGGGGGCGUACCAGUUCGGAAAGUAUUGACACAGAAUUGAGAGUUCUUGCCAUCGGAAAGAAGAAAUCUGGUCGAACAAAGACUUUGAAUGCACUGAUGACACAGGAGGUCUUCCUAUCUGGUCGCCUCGCCAAUGAACCAGGGAUUGGGCUCUGGAAAAAGGACUUCAAAGGCCGUUCCUUCUUGCUUAGCAAAACCCUUGGAUUUGACAGCAUUUAUGGAAGGGAUAUAGCUGCGGAGAACGAAAGUAUUCGUCAGCUUGUGGACCCUGGGCCACACGUUCUGCUUCUUACCAUAAGAAACCCCGAUGAAGAUGUGAGUAUCCUGAAGGACUACAAGCACAUUUUCAAGGACAACCUGUUCCAGUUCUUGAUUGUUGUGUUUGCUGGAAAGAAAGACCUAGACAAGAAAGGCAUGUCCAUUGAUGCCUAUGUGCGUUCUAUGGGUCAUGGGGAUUUGUCAAAUGCGCUUGUUGCAGCUAGAAAUCGCUACAUUGUUGUCAACCCUGAUGACAGAAAACCAUCCUAGAUUUCGGGAAAAACUCUUUAAGAUGAUACGUGAUGUUGGAUUUGCAAAUGGCUACCAUUAUCUCACUUUAUCCUAAGAUAAACAGAGUGGUCCAGUGGAUAGAGCGUCUGCCCGUCGGUGGUUUGACCCCAGGCCGUGUCAUACCAAAUGGCGUUGAUUUGUAGUACUUGUUGUUUCCCUGCCCGAUGCUUUGACGAAU